AUGCUGCCGUUAAAAUAGCAAACGUGUGCCACGUAUAAUUUUGGAGCGAUGCGAAACAAAAUUGCGCGAUAAAUGUAACAAAAUGGCUGUUCGAGACCAGCGAGUCGAACGGCACGACGUCGUAGAUCUUUUAAAGAACGACGACUACGACGAAUGGUCGAGCGAUUCGAGCGACAAGGAAAUCGAACGCAUCGUGUAUCCGGCGGAUCUGAAGACUCUGCCCCAAGCAGAAUGGCACGAGGUCAAGAGGGUUACGGUGGAAUUGAAGGCCGCGUUGCCGAACUUGAACGCCGCGCAAGUCAGAAGACACCGUAUACCGUAUCACGAAGCGAUUCUGCUCGAGCUCGAGGAGAGAAACUUCGAGGACGCGGCUCGUUGGAUGAAAGAGCUGUUGAAGAUCGACGAAACGAUCACCGAGUCUUCGGUGGGUGCUCUGCUAUGGAAGAAACCGUCUCUCAAGGAUCGGAAGGACUUCUUGGAUCGGUUGCAGGAAGGACUGAUCUCGUACGAGAAAGCGACGAGGAGGAACGAUCGCGUGUCUCGAGCAACGGCCUUCUUGGACACCGCGUUGUUCUUCCAGAGGAAAACUUGGGAAUGGUGGUGGAUAGCCGAACAUCUCUACAAGGCAGCCCUCUCGGCCGCGGAGUUGGUCGAGAACGACGAUCGUCGGACGAUCACCCUGGUCCGAUAUCUGUACGGGCGAUUACUUUUCCACGAACUGCAGAACUCCGGAGAAGCUUUGGUCUAUCUGAACGAGGCACGCGAGGCAUCCGAAAAUAAAACGUGGAACGCUUCGAAAGUGCUCGGAGAGAAGCAGGGCGCGAUCUUUCGAGAGUGCAACGUUCUUCUGUACAAAGCUCUGCUGAUCCUUGCGCGAAAGGAACGAGCCGACAAUCCCGACGCGGCUUUGAGAGCCUGCCUCGAGGCCCUCGAAAGAGCGACAGACGCCGAAGCCGCGGAAUAUCUGAACGAGACGCUGCACGAACUCGGCAAGUGUUACAUGGCUGUGAACGAUGCGAAAAGCGCGUUGAAAACGUUUUCGAAGCUGCUGGCUUUGGCGAAGAGGGUUCCCGAUCCUGAAGGUGUUUGCAACGCGCACACGGAACUGGCGUUCGCCUACAAGCAAUUGGACGACGACGCUCGCACGGAAAAGCACUUGCGGAUGUUACGGGAGACCGCCGAAGAACUGAGUCUCUUCGAGAAGCUCGCCGACGCGCACUAUUACACCGGCGAGCACUACCUGAGCAAGGGCAAGCUGGACGUGUCCACCGUUCAUUUGGAGGAAGCUCUGAGAUUGUACAACGACCUCGACCUGUCCGGUGAAGCCGACCGAGCCAGAUGCGUCGCCGGAAUCUCGAAGGGACAAGAGAGGAUCGAGAAGUACUGGGAUCUGCUUCUGCGAUGCGGCGCGUACGAUCGAUCCGCGACCCUGGCGAUCUGUCGAUGGAAAAGCCUGAGGGAGCCGUUUUGGCACUGGGAGACACGCGGUAUUCUCCUGGCUCCGGACCUGGCCGAACUGGUCGACGAUUAA